CAACAGCACAAGCCCAUUUGCACCGUAUGCAUGUUGUUGUUGUUGCUGGCUCCGGUGGGUUAGAUGGACACACUGUUUAGAUUGGUUAGCCUCCACCAACAUCACCAACAACAUCACCAACAGGCAGCAGCAGCAGCAGCGUCCUCCUCGCCGGACCAGCACCACCACCACCAGUCCCCCUACAGCUCCCGCUCCACGUCCCGCAGCAACGACACCUCCACCGGCUCACGCUCCUCUCCCUCCUCCUACCACACCCACAACCACCACUACCACUCUUCCCACCCCCACUCCCACUACAGCAGCGCCAGCUACUACUACGACCCCGCAGGCAGCGGCAGCGGCAGCGCCGGCUACUACUACUACGACCACCACCAGCCGCCGCCGCCGCCGCCGUACCAAGAAGAAUGCGGCAACGACCACGGCUUUUACAUGGAUGAAGACUUCUCCUCCUCGUCCUCGUCCCGGUCCCGCCACUUCCAGUCGUCCUCGCGCGCCCCGCCCUCGUCGUCUCCCACGCCACCGCACGCCCAGCCCCAGCCCCCGCCCGCGUCCACGUCGUCCGGCGCCGGCGCCGGCGCCCUGUUCGAGGCGGCCGACUUCUCGUUCCCGCAGGUGGACAUCGACCUCGACUUCAGCUCCCCCGCCUCGUCCUCCGGCGCCGCCGCCUCGUCCUCGGGCGGCGGCGGCGCCGGGAGGUGGGCCGCGCAGCUGCUGCUGGAGUGCGCGCGCGCCGUGGCCGCCCGCGACAGCCAGCGCGUGCAGCAGCUCAUGUGGAUGCUCAACGAGCUGGCGUCGCCGUACGGGGACGUGGACCAGAAGCUGGCGUCCUACUUCCUCCAGGGCCUCUUCGCGCGCCUCACCACCUCCGGCCCGCGCACGCUGCGCACGCUCGCCGCCGCGUCGGACCGGAACACGUCCUUCGACUCCACGCGCCGCACCGCGCUCAGGUUCCAGGAGCUCAGCCCCUGGGCGUCCUUCGGCCACGUGGCCGCCAACGGGGCCAUACUCGAGUCGUUCCUGGACGCGGCGGCGGCGGCGGCCGCCUCCUCGUCCUCCUCCUCGCAGCACCCGCCGCGGCUGCACAUCCUGGACCUCAGCAACACCUUCUGCACGCAGUGGCCGACGCUGCUGGAGGCGCUGGCCACGAGGUCGUCGGACGACACGCCCCACCUGUCCAUCACCACCGUGGUGCCCACCGCCGGCGUGCCGUCGUCCGCGGCCGCGCAGCGCGUGAUGCGGGAGAUCGCGCAGCGCCUCGAGAAGUUCGCGCGCCUCAUGGGCGUGCCCUUCAGCUUCCGCGCCGUGCACCACGCGGGGGACCUCGCGGGGCUCGACCUCGACGGCCUCGGCCUCGGCCUCCGCGAGGGCGGCGCCGCCACGGCGCUCGCGAUCAACUGCGUCAACGCGCUGCGCGGGGUCGCGCCGGGGGGCGCGCGGCGGCGCGACGCGUUCGUCGCCUCGCUCCGCCGCCUCGAGCCGCGCGUGGUCACCGUCGUGGAGGAGGACGCCGACCUCGUGGCGGCGUCCGAGCCGUCGUCGUCGUCGGCCGGGGAAGCCGACGCGGAGGCGGCGUUCAUGAAGGUGUUCACCGAGGGCCUCCGCUUCUUCUCGGCGUACAUGGACUCCCUCGAGGAGAGCUUCCCCAAGGCGAGCAACGAGAGGCUCGCCCUGGAGAGGGCGGCGGGGCGUGCCAUUGUGGACCUCGUGGCCUGCCCGGCGUCCGAAUCCGUCGAGAGGCGGGAGACGGGGGCGUCGUGGGCGCGCCGCAUGCGGUCUGCCGGCUUCUCUCCCGUGGCAUUCAGCGACGACGUGGCCGACGACAUGCGGUCGCUGCUGCGCCGGUACCGGGAGGGAUGGACCUUGCGCGAGCCAGGCGCGGACGACGGCGCGGCGGCCGGGGUGUUCCUCGCGUGGAAGGAGCAGCCCGUGGUGUGGACGAGCGCGUGGAGGCCAUGAUCAUGAACCAGAUCGUGAGCUCCAUCGUAUCGGCAGCAGAACAAGAUGAUGCGUGCUCCA